AUGUUUAAUCUUGAAGAAAUAGUGUAUCAAAUACUUCCAACACUCGAACAACCUUAUCCUAGUGUGCUUUUGAAUACUAUAGAUCAGUUGGUUCAAUGGUCAUAUCAGAAAGAGAUGAUAUUAAAGCCUAAAGAAGAGCCUGCACGGCUUCGACUGUGUGCACAUGUUGCCUAUGAGAGAUUAUCGAAAAAAUUGUCACUUCCAGCCUUAUCUAUGGAAAAACUUCCAUUGCCAAUAAAAAAAUAUGAGAUUCUUUUAGAUCGGUUUCGUCAUGAAUUACCAGAAAGAUUAAAAAGAAAAGCAUCUUGUGAGUUUGAUGGAGAUGAUAAAGGUCUAUCUUUAUGUAUAGAAAUGAUUUAUGAGCUUUGCAAUAAGAUGAAGAUUCAAUUGCAAACAAAAUAUUUUGUAAAUGCUUUAAAGGCAUGUUACAGUAGGUAUUCUGAAGUGCAUCAAAAGAAAAAGCUUGCAGCUGUUGUAUUUAUACUAGUUUUACAGCGUUUACGAGGAGAACAUAUGAUAAAUCGGGAAGAAAAAGAACAAGUUUUAUCACUGUUUGGUAUACGUGAUAUGAAACAGGCAGAAUUGAAGAGAUGGAAUGAUUUAAUCAAGCAAGAUAGUAUUGAAUAUGGAUGGAUGGAUGCCAUUUUUCAGGAAAAAAAUGGUCAAUUAAUAGAAGUAGAACCAGCGACUGAGGCUGAGUCACAAUCUCAGGCAAUCAGUGGUGUAGGAAUGAUGAUUUAUCCUCAGGUUGAUUUUUAUGGAGAUAAACAUUAUUCAGAAUAUUUGAAGUGGAAAGAAGAUAUUUUAGCAAAAGUAUUGCUAAAAAAGUCAAAAAGUUAA